AUGGAGUUGCACGUUUUUGCAGACGCUUCGCAGGCAGCAUAUGGGGCGGCUGUGUAUAUUCGAGUAGUCGAGGGAGACAGAGUCAGAGUUAAUUUAAUAUCAGCAAAAACAAAAGUUGCUCCUAUUGAGAAACAAUUAUCUAUUCCGAGGUUAGAACUCUGUGGUGCCACACUAGCAGCCAAACUAAUUUUUGAGACAGCGCAAGUAAUGAACAUAGCUAAGGAAAAUUUACACGCAUGGACAGAUUCGACUAUAGUUCUAGCGUGGUUAAAAGGUGGAGCGAGUCGAUGGAAUACAUUUGUCAGCAACCGAGUCUCUGAGAUAUUGAACAUUCUAGAUUAUGAGCAAUGGGGUCAUGUGACUACAGACACAAACCCGGCUGAUUGCGCAUCAAGAGGCUUACAGGCCUCAGAGUUGAUAAAUAAGUUACUGUGGUGGAAUGGUCCAGCUUGGUUGUCUGCACUAGACCUAAACAUGAAUUUAGUUGAUGUCGAGGACACGCAAGAAGAAGAGAAAGUCAGAGUUUUAACUGCUUUAUUAAAUACUGAAGACGAAUUAAUUUGGACUAAGUUUUCUAAUUUACAGAAAAUGUUGAGAGUAAUUUCAUACUGUAGGAGAUGGUUAAUAAAGUUAAAUAAAGACAAGGCUAAAUACAAUACUAAAUUUAUUACAACACAAGAAAUAACUGAAACUUUAAACAAUUGCAUUAAACAAGUCCAAGCUAUAGAAUUUAAUCAAGAAAUAAAGCAGCUAAAAUCCCAAGGUAGUGUUCUCAAAAGGAGCAAACUACGCAAUCUUUGUCCCAUUAUCGAUGAUAAUGGCAUUUUAAGAGUUGGCGGACGUAUUCAACAGUCGCAAGCGGAGUAUGAUGCAAGGCAUCCUAUAAUUUUACCUGCUAAGAGCCAUCUUAGUAAACUAAUAAUUAAGGAUGCCCAUCAGAGCACAAUGCAUGGUGGACCACAAGUAAUGCUAAAUUACUUGAGGUCGAAGUACUGGAUACUGCGAGCUAAAGAUCAAGUAAAAGGAUAUUACCGAGAAUGUACAACUUGUAUUAGAUAUGCAAAAAACAAUGCUGUACAGUUGAUGGGCCAACUACCAGAG